UAUAAAAGCAAAUUGUGAAAGAUUAAAAAUGGCGCCCUUUAAACUUAAAUUUCGAAUGGGCAGUUCACGAAGCACAUCCCAAGAACAUGAUCCAGAUCCACAGGUAAAUGAAGCAUUACUUAAUCAUCAUUCCACUGCAACCGGAGCCAGCAGUUCAACAAUUGACUCAGCUGAUUGCAACAGCCUUGGUUCACUUGGACACAACGAACGUAAAUCGCUUUUACCAAAUAAAACCAACAAUCUGCGUUUGGGUUAUCCUCAUCACAAUCUCUCACAGUGUGAAAACGAAUCAAAUGCAGGAAUUGGCUCCAAUAGAGUACCAUCAACACCCCCACCCUCUUACGAACAUGUUUUAGAAGAGGAUUUAAAAACACAACGCCAAUUAUCGGAUGAAGACAAUUCCCAACAAAGUCGACGAAGUUCAAUUAUAAAUUUACGCAACAGCACUAAUUUAAAUUCAUUUGAACAACUUUCUUUGAAUAACUCCCAAUGCACCGAUCCAGAUUGUCAGGAUAAUUUUAUCAACAACGAGAAUCGUUUACAACGACAACAAAAUGUUGCUAGUAAACAGGAUGUUAGGAUUUUAAGUGCUGGCAACGAAUUUAACGACGAACGUCAAAUUAACGAAAACGACGAAGAGGACGACGAUAAUCGUAAAGAAUCAAUUGACUCUACUACUAAACUUUUGGAUUCAACAAAUAUGACGUCUCCAACCUCACAAAGAAGUGCAGUUAAAAAAUGUACCGGCAAUUGUCAAGAAUAUGAUACCGAAUAUGAAGAGGAUGGUGCUUGCGGUGGUAGUAAUAUUAAUAAUACUACUAGCAAUGAAUUUUUCGAUCCCUUAAUUAAUCAUGGUGGUUAUUGUAGUUCAGAUUCAUAUUGCAACAGUGAUUGUAAUGAGCACUCACAUAAUCAAACAGGGUCAGAUUAUUCACAAAGAGGCAUUGACACUGGCAAUGAAGAUGGUUGGGAUCAUAAUCAAAUGUCAAGUAAUCAGUAUCAACAACAGCAACAGCAACAACAAAAUCAACAACAGCAACAACAACAAUAUGAAAAUUCCCUUACACCGGAAAUAAUAAGUAAUAAAUCCUCAAAGGAAAUAUACAAGGAUUUGGCAAAACAGUGGGGUAUCACGUGUAAAAUGUCGGAUGGAUGCCGUUGUAUGGAGUGUCAAAGUCAUUAUUUUGAUUGCGAAUUUGAUGAUAAUGAACAUCAAAAAACAGAUGGAGGUUUAGGUGCCGGUACGCCAAUGUUUAUAAGUGAAGUAAUGCAAGGUUCUGCGUGUACUAUAUUGUAAAUUAUUUUUAUACAUAUAGAGAAAUAAAUAAAAAUGUAUGUUUUAUACGUGUAUUGAAAAGAAGA